AUGCCACCGCAGCGGAAGAUUUCACUGCGUCAGCGACAGAGAGAUGUCAUACAAGCAAUGAUUUCAUCUGCUCUACCGCUUGGGCAGGGCGGUGUUCCAGCGCCUCAACCGAUGACUGCAACUUACGGGCCAGCGGCGGUUGCCCCAUGGCGUCUCCUCAUUUACGAUGACAUCGGACGCGACAUUAUUGCCCCGCUGCUGAGGGUUGGGGACCUUCGGGAACUUGGCAUUACGUUGUAUAUGCACAUCAAAUCUAAACGGGAUCCAGUGCCUGGUGCUCCGGCCAUCUACUUCUGUGCACCGACUGACGAAAACAUAAACAUAAUGGCUAGUGAUGCGGUGAAGGAAUUUUAUGAGUGGGUGUACAUAAAUUUCACUUCGCAGAUUUCUCGAAGAAGCAUGGAGCAUCUGGCUGAGAGGCUAACUCGUGGUCAACUCCAGAACAUUGAACAUAUUAGAGUUUUCGAUCGCACGCUGAACUACGUGGCACUGGAGGAUGACCUGUUUACCUUGAUGCAGAAGGAUUCCUUCGUUAUACUAAACAGCCGCCACGCCAAGGAUGAAGAUGUGGAAGCUCACUUAAAUGAAAUAGUUAUGGGCAUCUUGCAUGUCCUCUUGUCCCAGCAAGUGCUUCCAGUUAUUGCACACAGCAGGACGGGGCCGGCGGAGGAGGUCGCUCGGCGUUUGUCUGUGUCUCUUAAUGACUCUCUGAACGAGCGAACCCUAACACCUGCAUCUGCCAAUGUGCUUGGACGUCCACUACUUCUUAUUGUCGACCGCUCCAGUGACCUUGCUACGGUUCUCCAUCACCCAUUCUCGUAUCGGGGACUACUCGCGGAACUGGGAGACAUGCACCUAAAUAAAGUCACUGUGCUGGGGGAUGACGGAGUUGAGACGUUUUUCGAAAUAAACCCCGAUCGAGAUGAUUUCUACCGCAAUAACGCUCUUCUUGACUUUAGCGCAGUGGGUGGUAAUAUUGAGGCGGCGCUGAAACGGUACCGCGAAGAGCAUGCUAACCUUUCGGAAAGCACAUGUGAUGUGGAUGGUGAUGUGGGCACGGACUCCAUGUCGAAACUGCUUGCCAAUGCUCCAAAACUUGGGGAGAAGAAGCGAAUGUUGGAUGCACACACAAAAAUGGCGUACAGUCUUCUUCAUCGCAUUCGUCAAACCCACCUUGAUCGCUUCCAUGGGGUAGAACUGGGCAUUAUUCAACAGGAGGGGCUCGACCACGAGCAGUUUGAAAACCUAUUGCUAACUGGUUGUGGGACCGCUGAGGAUCGUCAGCGACUUUAUCUGAUUGCGUACCUUCUUGGCACGCAAGGAGAGCACGAAACAGUUCUGGAACAGUGUGCCCCAGCUUUCGAGGGCAUGCCGUUUUCGGCACUUUCAUACCUCAAACAUUUACGUCAGUGGUCACUUGGAACCGCCAAUCCCACUGGUGGUGAAGCAGACGGUGCCCAUGGUUUUGCGUGGGGUUUGGCGCAAACACUGGCUAAGAAUAUUGUUAAUUCACUUGGCGCGAACUCAAAGUCCCAGUUGCCACUAACGAAACUUGUGGACUCUCUUUUGCAGGAUUCCUCAACCUCAUCCGGUGUGGGCGUUGGUGGUUCCCGCGCAGCAGGCAGUAGCAAUUUGCGGGCGGAACUUUUAGCAACAGUAGUAGGGUACGAUCCACGCAGCAGGAAACAAGUUGACCUCAAUGAAGCACAUUUUUCACAGGCUAUUGUUUUCACCAUUGGCGGUGGUUGCGUGGCCGAGUACGACGAUCUCAAGCAGUGGGAAGCCGCACAUCCACGAAAGGCGGUUAGUUAUGGCUGUACCGCAAUGAUGACGGGGAAUGAAGCACUGCGCCAGCUCACUGUUCUUGGUGAAGGAAUAUCAUAA